CUGGCCACCGGAAGUUGCUGCCAGCAUCCACCAACUUGAUGCUAGCUUUGCUCUUUUUUUUGUUUUUUAGUGGCAAAAACAAGCCGUACUGCGGAUAAUCUUCAAUUACAGCACAAUUCAGCUCCUUUAAAUGAGACUGUAUCUCACUAUGAGUCUUCUAAGAGGGUUCUAGAGCUGCUGUUUUAAAGGGACGGGGCAUGACGCAGGGGUUUUAAGUUUACAUUGCUGUUGACAUAAGCAGCUGAGCCUACAGGAGAAGACAAAUCCGAGUCACAAGACUUCUUCUUCUUCUUCCUCUUCCCUGAGCUCGGACGGCUGCCUUUCUGCCCUCACAGGGUUCGAGAGGAUGGAAGCCGCCGGGUACCGCACAGGGAGCUUUGAGGCCCUUCACCACCCCAGUGACGAUGAUGAUGAUGAUGACAUGGUGGACAUUGCAGGAGGGACUCUGGACUUCUCCAAUUCGGAUGACGUCCCCCCUCUGAACUCAGGAGCUUACGAGGAGUACGUCACCCGGCCUGCAGGUAUGAACGGCACCGGCCCCACCAAGCUAGUGGACCCGCUGGAGGACCCUCUCCCCGGCCUGGGCACAUACGAGGACUUCAACACCAUCGACUGGGUCAGAGAGAAGAGCAAGGACAGAGACCGACACAGAGAGAUCACCAACAAGAGCAGACAGUCCACUGUGGCUCUGCUGCACAGCGUCAGUGAUGCCUUCUCUGGAUGGCUGCUCAUGCUGCUGGUGGGACUCAUGUCAGGUGCUCUGGCGGGCGGCAUCGACAUCGCAGCCCACUGGCUCACAGACAUGAAGGACGGCGUUUGUCUCAUCGGCUUCUGGUUCAACCACGAGCACUGCUGCUGGACGUCCAACGAGACCACGUUCCAGGAGAGGGACCGCUGUCCUCAGUGGCAGAGCUGGGGCGAGCUCAUUACGGGGGAGUCAGACGGCCCGUUCGCCUACAUAAUGAACUACCUGAUGUACAUCUUCUGGGCUCUGCUGUUCUCCUUCCUGGCUGUGACGCUGGUCAGAGCGUUCGCUCCGUACGCAUGCGGCUCAGGAAUACCAGAGAUUAAAACCAUCCUGAGCGGGUUUAUCAUCCGAGGCUACCUGGGGAAGUGGACCCUCAUCAUCAAGACCAUCACGCUGGUUUUAGCCGUCUCAUCCGGGCUCAGUUUAGGGAAGGAGGGCCCUCUGGUGCACGUCGCCUGCUGCUGCGCUAACAUACUGUGUCAUCUGUUCACUAAGUAUCGAAAGAACGAGGCCAAGAGGAGAGAGGUGUUAUCAGCAGCAGCAGCGGUGGGCGUGUCCGUGGCCUUCGGGGCUCCCAUAGGAGGAGUGCUGUUCAGUCUGGAGGAGGUCAGUUAUUACUUCCCUCUGAAGACACUGUGGCGUUCCUUCUUCGCCGCCCUGGUUGCCGCCUUCACUCUGCGCUCCAUCAACCCGUUCGGGAACAGCCGCCUGGUGCUCUUCUACGUGGAGUUCCACGCCCCCUGGCACCUGGUGGAGCUGGCCCCCUUCAUCCUGCUGGGGAUAUUCGGCGGCCUUUGGGGGGCGCUGUUUAUCAGGGCUAACAUCGCGUGGUGCAGGAGACGUAAGACGACUCGUCUCGGGCACUACCCCGUCAUCGAGGUCCUCGUGGUCGCCGCUCUCACCGCCAUCGUCGCAUACCCCAACAGCUACACCAGAAUGAGCGGCGCCGAGCUCAUCUCGGAGCUCUUCAAUGACUGCUCGCUGCUAGACUCGUCUCAGCUCUGCGGCUACAAACAGCCGACCAACACAUCAGAAACAGGUGUGGGGAACAGCCUGGCUGACCGGCCGGCAGGAGAAGGCCUGUACACGGCUCUGUGGCAGCUCGCCCUGGCUUUGGUCUUCAAGAUGAUGAUCACUGUGAUCACGUUCGGCAUGAAGGUUCCCUCGGGUCUCUUCAUCCCCAGCAUGGCGGUCGGAGCGAUCGCCGGCCGACUGCUGGGCGUCGGCAUGGAGCAGCUGGCUUACUACAACCACGACACAUUCAUCUUUAAAGGGUGGUGCUCGCCGGGACAAGACUGCAUCACCCCGGGGCUCUACGCCAUGGUGGGGGCCGCUGCGUGUUUAGGUGGAGUGACUCGUAUGACGGUGUCUCUGGUCGUCAUCAUGUUCGAGCUGACGGGCGGUCUGGAGUACAUCGUCCCGCUCAUGGCCGCGACCAUGACCAGCAAAUGGGUGGCAGAUGCUUUCGGCAGAGAGGGGAUCUACGAGGCUCACAUCCGGCUGAACGGAUACCCCUUCCUGGAGCCCAAAGAGGAGUUCGAGCACAGCAGCCUGGCCGUGGACGUGAUGAGGCCCAGGAGGUCGGACCCCGCGCUGGCCGUGCUCACGCAGGAGGGAAUGACCGUGGGGGAGGUGGAGGCGUUGGUGGAAAGCACUCGAUACAGCGGCUUCCCUGUGGUCGUCUCCAAAGAGUCCCAGAGGCUGGUGGGAUUCGUUCUCAGAAGAGACCUGCUCAUAUCAAUAGAUAACGCCCGAAAGCGCCAGGAGGGCAUCGUCAGCGCCUCCCAGCUGCACUUCACCGAGCACGCUCCACCUCAGCCUGCAGACGGCCCACCUCCACUCCGCCUCCGAGGCAUCGUGGACCUGAGCCCCUUCACGGUCACCGACCACACACCCAUGGACAUCACCGUGGACAUCUUCAGGAAGCUGGGGCUCCGCCAGUGUCUGGUCACGCACAACGGGAGGCUGCUGGGAAUCAUCACUAAGAAAGACAUCCUGAAACACAUGGCACAGAUCGCCAACAGAGACCCGGACUCCAUCCUCUUCAACUGAACUCAUCCGUCCAUCCUUCCAUCCUCUUCCUCUCUCUCUCUCUCUUCCUCUUCCAUCUCUCCUCUGUAGACCAGAGGACUAGAAGACACCAGCUUGGAGCGAAAUGCACCUUUUUACCUCGUCAGCUUUAAGAAGGCAGGUCAGAGAGAAAAAAGCCAAGUAAGUCCAGCAGAGAACAAUGGAGCGUUCUGUCGUUUUUUCUUUGAAAGACGGGGGCGUGCUCAAAGAAAAACACUCAGAAACAAUGACUCAUCCGAAACUGACGCUGCUGGCCCUGAUUUCAACUUCAAUUCAGAAGGAUGUAGGACAGACACACAUGAGAAAUACGUGGAUGAUUUCACAUCUGCUCCUUUUUUCUGUUAGUUUCCACUCUUUUCUUUCUCUCUCUUUUUGAAAAGUGGAGAAAAAGUUCAUUUUCUUCCGUCGCUUUCUUCCUAAACCUAAGAGAAAACAUGGAAGAGGAGUGUGAGCGGCUAAUCCUCUGUCACAGACACUGACAAGAAGAGGAGGAGGAGGAGGAGGAGGAGGAGGAAGAGGAGGAUGACACCAGGUGAGAUAAAGAGACGUUUCUGAGGGAGCUCCGUGCCGGUCUGCCCUCCGGCCUUGCCAGGCAAGCCCGGACAGAGCACUCCUCGCUGGGCUGAUGGAUGCUCGGCCACCCUCCCCCACUUCUCCUCCUCCUCGUUCCUGAAGCCUCGAGGGGUGAAGGAUCCAGGAGUGUGAGAAGAGGCUCUGAAACACACACUUUACACUCCAUAAAGACUCCACGACAGCCUGGGAACUCUUUCCACAAAUGUCUCCUUCUUUUUUUCUUGUUUUUGUCAUUUUUGUAACACGGCGUGAGAGACUCCAGCCUGGGAACUAUGCAGUAUUAUUCCUUCGCCAUGUCCGCCUGGCGAUCAGAGGGUUAUAUUGACAUAGAAGAAAUCAUACAAGCAUAAUGCUGCAAUAACCAUGUCAUGCCUUAUGGAAGAUGUUUGGGCUGCAAAAACCAAGAAUCAUGACACAUAAGUUAAUUUAUGUAAAUGUAAUAAAAUUGUUUGUCCCACUAAAUUAUUCCACAGACUUGAA